UGCUGUUUAUUAAGCUCUAAGUAUAUAUGGAGAAGAAACACCAAACUUAUUUGCCUGUGCAAAAAUUAGCGGAAAAGCUGAAUAGUUACAAAAGUAACUAAUAAAAAAAUCAAAUUUCGGACGAAAGCAGUGAACAAUAUAUGGCGGAGGAUGCAUUGUAUUGGCAAUAUUACUUCAGAUGGCGGGCACUGGUAAACAGUAAACGUUUAGCCGCAUUUUGGUGUUGGGGUCGGAUUUUCGUCGAGAAAGAAGAAAUUAAGACAGAAAAAUGGUCGACGUGAAGAAAUACAGCGAUGUGGAUUUCUACGGCUUGCUCGCAAUUGAUAUUUCGGCAUCAGAGGCCGAGAUCCGAAAAGCUUAUCGUAAAAAAGCCCUCGAAUGCCAUCCUGAUAAAAAUCCGGACAAUCCCAAAGCAGCUGAACUCUUCCACGAACUAUCAAAGGCUUUGGAAAUUCUCUCGGAUGCAUCAGCCCGCGCCGCCUACGAUAAGGUCUUGAAUGCCAAAAAAGCCGCCGAACUUCGAAACAAACAACUCGACAGUAAACGACAAAAACUCAAGGCGGAACUAGAGCAGCGAGAACGCGAAGCAAACUCAAAACUCGUCAAGGGUCCAAGUAAAAGUUACAACGUCCAAAAGACCCCCGAGGAACAAUUGAAGGAUGAAAUCGAACGAUUGCGGAAGGAAGGGUCGCGAUUGCUUGAGGAGGAACAGGAAUUGAUGCGGCAACAACUGCGCGAGGAGCGUUUGAAAAGGGAACAUCAUUUCGAUUCAUCCCAGCAUCGAAUAAAAAUCAAAUGGAAGGCGGCAAAAGAUGACCCGACAAAUGGAGGCUACAACGAGGAAACCUUGCGAACCUAUUUAAAAAAGUAUGGAGAAAUCGUUGCAAUGGUGGUGUCCUCGCAGAAAAAAGGAAGCGCGUUGGUGGAAUUCAAGACACAAGAUGCUGGCGAGAUGGCAGUCAGCUAUGAGAAAGGAAAUUUGGCAAAUCCAUUAACAUUACAAUGGAUUGGCAAUCCUCCAUCGAAGCAUGGGUCGAGCAGUACGAGCUCAAUCACGGAUCGAGACUAUGAGAGUUUGGUGUUGAGACAAAUGCGGCAGGCGGAGGAACGGAAGCGGCUGAUCGAACAAAUGAUGAAGGAAGAAGCAGAUAGUUAGCGGUAUUUAGUGUAGAGAUUGCUAGGAAUUGGAAAGGAUACGUUUUGGCGUACCCUGGAUACAGAAUAAAAGUAAUUUAAUUCUUCUUAGGUUUAUGUGUGUUGUGAUCGUCGUCUAAGUAAAACAGUCAAUUUUUAAGAUGAGA